UUUCCUCGAGAAGCUGAAAACGACAAACCGGCGACCGAGCGCAGCGUGCACGGAAUCUUCCGAUAAGGCGCGACGGACACACGCUAACCCCCUCCUCUGACAGGGCGCCAUUACUUUUCCACGUAAACUCGAUUAACUCUCAAAUCAAUCCGUAUACGCGUGUUUACACAAACUCGCAGAAUGUGAAAGACUGAAACGCGUCGUCGUGUAAACGCUCGAAUUUGAAACGAGGUCACGGUUCAGGGCCGCCGCCGCCGCCGCCGCCGCCGUACAUGAUGAAGAGAGCCAAGAGGGACUUUGUGGAUUAGGUGAAGAAAAACAAAAGACUUCGCUGGCACGCGCUGAAAAGAAACGCUCCUCUCUGUUUAUCCCGGGCAGUAAUCCUCCCCGGCGGAGCACAACUCGGGUUUCGCUCCGACACCCGGUUUGAUCCUCGGCCUCCAUGAGCCGCUUCGCCGGUUUUAUUAUAUACGAGAAGCGUGCCAAAAGAGCCGAGACCUGCACGGGCGCAGCUCAGACACCCUCCUCCUCCUCCUCCGUGACCCCAAAAGCGCCACAUGUGUGCACUGAAUGCUCUUUUGUUUCUCAGGGGUGCGCUGGAGGAGUCUGGAGUGCGCAGGGUUUUUGAUCUAAUUUGAUGGAAGUGGGGCUGGAGCUGCCCCCGGACUGCAGACUGUACAGCGUUUAAUCACAUUAGCGGCUGCACAGGAAGCCGUUGUCAAAUUAUGUCCUGAAUGAGCCGUUCUUCUUCGCCGGCUGCAGACGGCCGGCUCCGGGGUUUUUCUACCUCGCAUGUGAGGAGCGCACGUUUACGGGAGGCGAGCGAACGGUCAGCCCGUUUCAGCUGGAGGAUCCAUGAGCCUCUGUGGAUUUAAUAAAAGUGCAGUUUAGGAGCGUGUGAAGUCCUCGUGGACGUCGGGACGUACCACGUGCUCUACAAAGGCGAGGCGUGAUCUGUGCCUGCUCACCCACGGAGCCCUGGCGCUCUUCCCUUUCCCCCGAGCUGGCACGGAGCUCCUGGCGAUCACCGAGGCGCGCCUAAUCCACUUUUGAUGAACUCUGCUAAUGGACUCCCCGCUGCCCUUUAUCUAAAGCGCUCGCUUUUCUAGUCAUGAAUACUCCAUAGACACGAGCUCUUCCCUCACCACGCCCCUCCGACGCAGCAUGAAGGCGGGGUUUCGUCUAUAAAUACCUCCUGCGCACUGUCAAAGAAAAAAGAAAAAACAGAGGCAACUGUUGCAGAUGGAAAUGUCUCGCCACGGCGGACCUCUCGGCAUACGGGAAGCGUUUCCAGACGCUCGCGUGGACGUCAAGGACGGACCCGAUUGGAGCGUCUCCGGACUCCGAUUCCCCGCCGAGCGCGAACGGAGGAGGCGGCGGCUCGCCGCGAACGCCCGCGAGCGCCGGAGGAUGCUGGGACUGAACGUGGCGUUCGAGAGGCUGCGCAGCGUCAUACCGCGCCUGCAGAGCGACCGGAGGCUCUCCAAAUCCGAGACGCUGCAGAUGGCGCAGAUCUACAUCGGGACGCUGAGCGAGAUGCUACAGGACAGAGCGGAACCUCGGGAGGAGAACUCGCAAGCGGAGGACGGAGCGGACUCGAGAGAACGGGACGCGUGUUGCGGCGGACACGUCGAGGAUCCGCCGAGGAACGAGCGCGACGGGGCCGCGAACUUUUGGGAACGGAGCAACGGCGUGAAGUAGCGCCGCGGCGUGGUGUUUACACGCGGGACCUUCUAGCAGCGGGAUUCUGUAGGAAUUCAAACUCAGAUUUGUACAGACACCGUAAAUAAAUUUUGCUUUUUCAAAAACGAAACAAAAACAAAACAUUGUGGUGAAUUGAAAGAGAAGUAGUGAAAGUAACAACUUUUUAUUCAAGUUAAAAUUAUAUACAAGUAAUCAAAGGCAUUGUUUUUUUGUUUUUUUGAAAUCGGUAACAAAGUGUCCAGGUUCCUGCAAGUUGGCUUUUGGACGCAGCUUAAAUCUGACCAACAAAACUGAGAGGGGGGGGAGAAAAAAACAAACAAACAGAACAACAAGAAAAAAAAAAAGCAACAAAAAAAGAAAAGCUGUAUAAAAUAAAAAAUACGGUUCGAUUCUGAAAAGUAGUCUAUCGUUCUAGAUUUCCAAGAGCCGGUAUUUACAGAAAUAUGUACAUCUGUGUGG